UAAACAUGACAGUACACGCUGUGUUUCUGUCCUUUUCCCACAUCCCCACCCUGCCUCAUCGACGGAUCUCUCUCUAUCCUCCUGAAAUUGCUUUUCGUUUGCUCACACUGUUACCACCUUCUGCUCCAGAAGUUGUCAUUUUUUAAAGAUAAAAAAAAUACCUUGGCGUGUUAGAAAAGUUUGAGAAUCGCUUCCUAGGGGUCUACCUCGCUGUUGUAGGGUUUUUUUUUUUUUUUUCCAGGCGAUGCUUUUGCUUUUUGCAGGACAAUCCAGGCUCCUCCCUUGCUACAACGUCACCCGAUCCCGAUCUCUCUCCCAAAGCGUCAGCGAUAGUCAGUAACACACUGUGGUGGCAGAUCAGCGGGGCGGUGCGCAUAGCGGGAUAAAGCUACACUGUAUUUCAUCCAACAAAAAAGAAGAACGAGAAAAGGGAGGGGGCGCAUCCCACCAUUUCCAGAGUUUUAACAACUUCACCGGCCUGGCGUUCUGAUCUGUCCGGCUGGCCGUGGCUGCAGGCAGGGGGGGGGGACCGGGAACUUAAGGAACUAAAACAGGGACGGUGCCAGCAGAUUAUCUGUGAGGUGCUGUGUCAAUUCCACAUACGGAAGAAAAAGGCGACAUUUCUCCCGGAGGAACUCUCCCAAGUGUUGGAAACUUCCCAGCGCAGCAUCGAUCGAGGACCUCCCGCCCACUUUACCUCUGAUCCACAAUACUGGAAGGGGGGGGGAGAGAGUGAGUUCUGCAGCCGCUGCGGUGGAUGGAGCAACAAAGGUUAGAUGGUUAAACUAGAAGAGCUCCUCUGACAACAUCCCAACUCUCCUUUCUCUCCUCGCCUGCCGUCUCCCUAACAGACUCCCAUCACCUAAAACGGCAAAUCUGCAGCCGAUUGGAUCUCGUUUUGGGGGGAACCCGGCCAGGUUCUACUUAGGGCAAAACUCUCCGCCUGCCAGGGAAUCGCCGCAGACGUGAAAUUGAUGCUUUGGUACUACCGAUCCUCUAGUUUUGCGAAAGUCUGCUGCUACUCAUUGAGGAAGGGAGACUAGUUGUGGCCGAAGUGGGAUUUGCAGAAGUUGCAUGCUUGGUCUUUGUCGUCUCGAGUGAGCCCUAUCCAUCCACUCUCGGGUUACCAGAGAAGAUCCGGAUAGUUGAGGUGCCAUGGCGAUGUGUGUGGGGAUAUGGAUACUCCUGUUGUCGCUGCACGUCCAAGCUGGCAAUGGACAGAUGGUACAGAUGGACCCCAGUAAAUCUGGCUUCGUGGGUUCACAGGUGGAACUGCGCUGCAUUUUCAUCAACAGUAACCCGCCAGUCAAGAUCUCUCAAGUCACCUGGCAGAAGCUCCUCAAUGGCACUAAACAGAACGUGGCCAUAGCCAACCCGGCCCUUGGCGUAUCCGUCCUGCCGCCCUUCAAGGAGCGGGUCAGCUUCAAGCAGGCAGCGGUUCGUCAUCGUACACCCUCGCUGGAAGACACCACCAUCGUGUUCUCCAACCUGCAGUUGUCUGAUGAAGCUGCCUACAUCUGCGAGUAUACCACAUUUCCUGCAGGCAAUCGAGAGAACAUGGUCAACCUCACUGUAUUUGCUCGGCCUAUGACUCGCAUGACCUUGACGACACCCACAAUUGUGGCCAGGGCGCAGAAACGCAAGAUGACUGUUGCCACUUGUGUAUCAGCCAACGGCAAGCCCCCAAGUGUGAUCAAAUGGGACACCAGGUUGAAGGGCGAAGCCACUUUCCAGGAGACUCGCAACCAAAAUGGGACGGUGACAGUACGGAGCAACUACGUGGUGGUUCCAAGCCGCGAGACCCACAAACAGAAGCUCACAUGUAUCGUGACAUACCGGAACGAAAAGAUCACAGACAGCGUGGUGCUCAAUGUGCAGUACGAACCUGAGGUGAAGAUCGAGGGCUUUGAUGGGAACUGGUACCUGAACCGUCAGGAUGUUAAGCUGACCUGCAGGGCUGAUGCCAACCCUCCUGUCACAAUCUACCAGUGGAAACUCUUGAACGGCUCCCUGCCCAGUAAUGUGGAGAUCAAGAACAACACUCUGUUCUUCAAGGGGCCCGUAACCUACGACCUGGCCGGCACAUAUGUCUGUGACGCGACCAACGGCAUCGGUACUCGCACUGGCAUUGUGGACGUCAACAUCACAGAAUUCCCUAACAACCCGACAACUCGGGGUGAUGAGAUCCUGCAGGAGCCACACAAUGCAGGUGCCGCCAUCGGGGGCGCUGUGGGGGGAGUCGCCCUGUUGGGCGUGGCGGCCAUACUGCUCUUCAUAUUCCUGCGCCGUCGCCAGCGCACCUUCAAGGGAGACUACAGCACCAAGAAACAUGUGUUCGGAAAUGGGUACAGCAAGGCCGGUGGCCUACCCGCCCACCCCCCCAUCCCCAAGAACCUGCAGUACCCGGAUGACUCGGACGACGAGAAGAAACCCGCCCAGAUCGGCGGCCCCGGAGGGUUUGAGGCGAGCGAGCGCGAUUUUGACGGCGAGGCAGAGGACCUGAAGAGGCCCUAUUUCACUGUGGAUGAAGGAGAGAGCCGAGAUUAUGACGAGCGGACUCUUGCUUUCCAGUAUGACCCUGAACCUGAGAUAGCCGAUGAUAUGAUCUCUCAAACCGACGGCUCUGUCAUUUCUAAGAAAGAGUGGUAUGUGUAGUGGCAUGCAACAACCAAACCAAACAACCCUUUGUCCUCCACCUGCAUUCCACCACACCCUUCACCUCCAUCACAACCCCUGCCUUCCCAUUCGUCAAACUGCACCCGUCACAGUCCCAUUCCCCUUUUGGUCAACCUAGUACCCCCUCUCCCAUGACCCCCACCCACCCCACAUCAGACCCCAUUCAACAAAUCUCAAUUAGAAAAUCAAGCGUCUAUUUAAAGUGCUAGCAACAUCAACUUCUCAGCACGACAGCAUUGGUAUCAGUUCCAUCAGGUGAAUGGGCAAAGAGUAAAAACUAAGGUAUGUAAAAGGACUCGUUGUCACUGACUUACGAGGCCAGGGAGGUGAUUGGUUGAUUAAUACUGGUGUAUUAUUCUUUUUGUGUACUUUUUUCCUGUUAUAAAUGUAUUAAAUGUAUAAAAAGAGACUGCAGGUUGAGGUUUUGCUGAGCACAUUUGUGAAAGUCCUACACUGGAUCUACGAUUUGUUUUUGUUCCUUUUUUUUUCUAAUACCAUUGCCUUUUGUUAUUUUUUUUGUCUUUUUGUAUGAUUUUUAAGUGACCAGAGAAUUGAGAGUUAAAUGUCUGACAUAAUUACAGGUGGACUUCUAAGUGUUUGUAAUUUUGUGGUCAAAUAUUAGAGAGAAAGAAAAAAAAAAUCUCGCCAUACAGCGCACCUUCAUCACUUCUCGUGUUUUCUCACUGGGGUUAGCGUCCAUGAAGUCAUUCACUUUUGUAUAUUUACAGCAUUAAACACCGAUAUGUUGUUGCUGUUUUCCAAAGACACGCUUAGUAUUUCUUGACCCUCUGUGUUUAUAUGCUCGAUUUGUUUCUUUACCGAGAGGGAGUCAGUCUACUGAGCUGUAUGGACGUGGCAGUAACAGAUUAAUGUUGAGUGUUUGCAGUUUUCAAUCAUGUUAAACUAGUUCCACCAUCAGUGAAUCGGAAUAGCAGGGGGAAAGAAGCGCUGCGAUGGUAUCAUACACAACAAUUUCUGCUUUUCAGUGGUGCAUCACAAUCACGUCCAAAAGAGGUUUGGUGAGUCUCACAGUAAACCCAGUUAUGCUCUAAAAUGUCAUGAUUGUCACUUGACUUGAACAGGUUCACCUGUGUACACGAGCUCUAAAUCUUACCACUAUAAUGAAAUGUCUUUUUUUUUUUUUUUUUUUUUUGUAUUGAGUUGUCAUAAUUCUGUUAUGUUCUAACCCUUUUCUUAUCAAAGGGAUGUCAGAGAAAAGUGUCUGGGGAAUUUCCCAAUAAUGACUUUGUCUCUCCUUAUAAUUGUGUGACUUUGUACUGAAGAAUUGGCUUAAGCCUCCCCACUUAUACCAACAGCAUUUUUCUAUGAGGAGUCAUCCAUGGACACAAAGGACACAGAAUAGGAGGAAAAUGCCAACUGAUGCUUUUAUUUACGUCUACAGACAAAACAUUUUAAUAUGUAAAGGGAAUUCAAAAUAUGAUGGUGACCAUGCUGGAGAAUAAUAAGUCACCUGCUGCUUUCAUGAUGUUUUUGAUCCAUCUCCUUUUUUUUUCCUUUCUAAAAACUAAUUUCAGUAGCUGUUUGGGGGAUUUUAAAGGAAUGAUUGGUUGUCCUUCCUUUAAUGUUGGCAUCCUGAAUCUGCCAAUAGGGAUACAAUGACCCUGUCUGAAGGCAUUAUAUAUAUCUGGCUUUUUAAAUUACUGUUAACAAGUGCCAGUGGAUGCUAGUAUAGCAAAUGACUUGUUUGUCGCCAUUACACAAUCAGCAAAAUGUAUUUCCUUCAAACAACAAAAAAAAAAAGUUCAAUGUGAAAUAUCAGAUAAAACAGAAGCAAAGGAGUAAAUCCGUGGAUAUAUAUGACAUAUCUGACUGGCUCUGAACAAUAUAAAUACUGUAUUAAGCCUUAUUUUAUGCAUGUUUUUUUGUGUGGGAGUGGAAGUGCAUAUGUUGCUAUUUUUUCUGUAUCAAUUCCAGUGCGUUUGUCCUCAUUUGCAGCUCAAAAGACAACACUUUGUCAGUGUUGUCAGUAUUGACAGAGGUAUGAGUUUAUGGGCACACAGUACCCAGCAACAAUAUUGCAGUUAACACACAAAAAAGUAUAUAAAUAUAUAUAUAAAUAAAGAUGAAAAAAUAACAUCUCUGUGAGAGCAGAUCUCUCUGCCGGCUGGAGAUGUGAAUGUUUUACAGUCCAUGCUUGUCUACUGUGUGUUUUUAGAUGAGCAUGUUAAUCAUGAGCCUCAAACUAUAUUGUAUUUUCAACACAAAUUAACAUUACAAAGUGGGAAAUAUCAUGUUUUUAUUAAAGGGUUAGUUCAGUUUCCUUCUCUGUUGAUUUUAGUUUAGUUCAGUUUCAUUCCUACAGCCUUAUUUUUUAUUGUUUUUGUUGAUUGUGUCCACUACAGUUAUAGAAUUUUUAAAGUUUCAGAGGGGAAGAACUAACUUGACAGUAGCGGGGUUGCUACUUGCAAAGUUUUCGUAUAGCCUUUAGUUUAUCAUUCACCUGCAGAUGAACUGUUCUGCUGUAAAGUUCCACGUGGUUUGCAUCACAACAUAACAGAGACAAUGGUAUGAAAAGCAUAUUUUCUCCUUUGUUCUUGCAUUCAGUGCCUAUCAGAGUUAGGAGACAUUAGGGAGUCUGAACAGUUGCCGCUCCUUUAUUUAAGUUAUUCAUGCCCAGAAUAACAUGAGAAAUUAUACUGAAGUAUGACAUUAACUGCAAAAUUCUUUAAGUCAGACAAAUUAACAGUUCUUUCCGUGCAGUGAAUUUUAGUUAAUAUUAGUGGGGAUGUUAUUCCAUCUGAGCUCCAGCAUGAUACUAACAAUGCGUCUGUACUUGAUCUUUAAAUCAGUUGAUAUCUUAAAAGCUGCAUUCAUUACCAUGUUAAAAUUUAAUGAUGGCUAAAUGGUAAUACAGCACUUUGCUUUCCUAAAGAGUCUUAAAGAGAUCUGACUUUUGCAAUGUAGUCACACAUUGCUGACUUUUCUAAGCACAACAAUUGAAACUAAUUCAGUGAAAAUAGAUUUAACUUGUAAAUUUAAUUUAAAAAUGAAAAAAAAAAAUACAACUUCAAAGCAAAGACCAACUCUAUCCCUUUUUAAAGCACAAGGUUCCAUUGUACUUUUUUUCUGCAUCCAUUAUGAAUCCACUGCCACACUUGCUUCUCAGACAUGCUGGAGAGAGAAAAACCUUUCAGAUUUGAGUUAACAUUCUGUAUACUGGUAGAUGUAAACAUUGUCUUCACAUGUUGUUGGGGUGUUAUGAGUUUCUAUUUUGUAAUACUGACUUUAACUUCAUUCCAUCCUAAUCUACUUUUUGUAUUCAGUAUGUUCAACAUUCCAUUGUAAAUACUGUACAUAAGGUUGAGAUUAUAGUCGGGAUUUAUUUAGGGACAUCUGCGUUAGGGACCCUGUUCAUGUAAAAUAUACCUAUUUUGACUGCAAACAUAGAGACUCAAUGAUGGAUAGAUGAAGUUGAUACAUAGCUUAUUUCCAAAGUCCCACAUAAAAAAGCUCCUCCAGUACGUUUUUAAUAUGCCACUAGCGGCUUCACUGUCAUACAAAGGGGUGAUGCAUACAGUUUGUCGAUUUAAUGUUAUUGAAAGAAAAUGAAAAGAGAGAAAUUGUCUGUAUGCAGCCAUGUGAAUGUAUAUUUCUGAGGGUGUUACAAAUAAGAAAAAAAAAAUCUCUUGUUCAAUUGUGAUGACCCAGUGAAGUAACUUGUAUUUGUUUUAAGCAUUAAAUGAGUUCAAUAGUCAACAA